UUGCUGUAGUCGUCGAUCAAAAUUGCUAAAGUUUGUGUUGUCUCUCGAAGGACGGGCACGGUUUUAAAAUUUCCCGUAACCCGUUGCUAUGAGAUAAGAAAUCAAGCACUAAGUUUUCAAUAAUAAAUUCGUUGUUGAAUUAAAAUGUGAAUAUCCAAAUUUUUAAAUAUGAUAAAUUCUCGUAAAAGUAUUGUCACAUGCGUUUUAUUCUCUCUUCGUGUGGAAAAGUAGUCUUCUGGGAAGAAUUAGUUAUAUGUACGCAGCGGGAAUGACAAUUAUGGCAGUUUCUGUUGGGGAAAUUUGCGAGAACACAAAGCUUGCCCGUGAAAUGGCUUUGAUGGGAAACUAUGAGUCGGCUCUCGUCUACUAUGAGGGUACAGUGCAAAUGAUCCAUAGACUUCUCAUCACGAUUGCAGAUCCUACACGCAAGUCGAAGUGGCAACUGGUCCAACGUCAAAUGGCCCGUGAGUACGAGCAGCUGAAAGGGACUGUGGCCACUGUCCAGAUGUUCCAGCAUGAGGGAGAUAAACCCAUUACACCGCUCGGUGGAAAUCUAGAAGACCUACCGACCCGAGAUAUGAUCUGGGCACCCGCACCCCAUGAACUAGAUCCAGACAUCUGGCCACCACCACCUGAUCGAGAUCCCAGCGCUUGGCCCUCACCUACCAGCGUUGAACAUAAGGGUCCUCCGCCAUUGAAAUCAGCCCGCAACAACCCGCGAAACAACCGGACAGCUGAUGCCAAGAAACCUGCACCUAAGACAGCAACGACCUCGCAAAGAAAGACCUCAGAUGUACGAAACCCCAAAAUUAAUACAAAGGCACAUAGCGCAAAAACAAAAGACACAAACAAAGAUCACAAUAAAGACAAGCAGGACAGGGAUAACAAUAAUGGAGACAGAGACACGGAUGAUGAGAAACACAAAGAGGACGAGAGACGGUUUGAGCCCAACUCCUCAGCUGAUAGCGACCUAGUCGAUAUGUUAGAAAGAGAUAUAGUACAAAAGAACCCAAACAUACGGUGGGACGACAUCGCAGACCUUUCUGAAGCCAAGCGGCUGCUAGAAGAAGCUGUUGUCUUGCCUCUGUGGAUGCCAGACUUUUUCAAGGGAAUCCGUCGGCCGUGGAAAGGCGUUUUAAUGGUGGGACCCCCCGGCACAGGCAAGACGAUGCUUGCUAAAGCAGUUGCUACAGAAUGUGGAACUACCUUCUUUAACGUUUCUUCUUCUACCCUCACUUCUAAGUACCGAGGAGAGUCUGAGAAACUUGUUAGGCUGCUGUUUGAAAUGGCCAGAUUCUACGCCCCAUCAACAAUAUUUAUAGAUGAGAUAGACUCGUUGUGUUCCCGUCGAGGUUCGGACAGCGAGCAUGAGGCCUCGAGACGAGUCAAAUCAGAGCUGCUCGUUCAAAUGGAUGGACUUACAGAUGAACCUGGAAAGGUUGUAAUGGUAUUGGCUGCAACAAAUUUUCCCUGGGAUAUAGAUGAGGCUCUCCGGCGUCGGCUUGAAAAGAGAAUAUAUAUCCCUCUGCCAACACAAGAAGGUCGGGAAGCAUUACUCCAAAUAAACCUUCGCGAGGUCAAACUAGAUCCAGAAUUGGAUUUGCAAGCGGUCGCUAAAAAGCUGGAUGGAUACUCCGGAGCUGACAUCACUAAUGUUUGCAGGGACGCCUCAAUGAUGUCCAUGAGACGAAGAAUAACUGGUUUGAAACCAGAGCAGAUAAAGCAACUUGCCAAGGAGGAAUUGGAUUUGCCGGUCACCAAACAAGAUUUUCUUGAGGCUAUAUCGAAAUGCAACAAGUCCGUAUCGAAAGGUGACAUUCAGAAAUAUCUCACCUGGAUGGCGGAGUUCGGCUCCUCCUGAUUGACGUAGAUUUCGUCUAUGAACUGUUGUGUGGCACUUGUCAGAAAUAAAUGGCGCGCUGUCAAUUAUUUAGUUGUGAUUUAAUCAUAUUUAGCAAUAAUGCCGUAUGUGUUACGAAUUUUAUAAUUUAAUAAUAAACUGGGAUUCAUAAAAUUUAAUGGCAUUACGAAUAAAAAAUCUUAGUAUUAUACCAUAUAAAAUCUUAUAAAUAUUGCCUGAAAGUGUUAUUUAAGAAAAAAUAUUUUUAUGUGGCUGAUUUAUUAUCACAAAAUACUUUUAUAAAAUUUGGCAUUUCUUAACUGUUAAAAGUACUGAGAAAAGAUUGUUUAAUUUUAAAUAUUUGUAUAUUGUAAAUAUUACGAUACCGCGCCAUUUUGCAUCUAUUACAUCAAGUGUCAAUCUCCCCUAAGUCAGACAUGAUCAAAAGUUCAAGUAUUUAAAUUUUGCCUUAUAGUAUAAGUUGGUAAACAGACUGUUUCAGUAUUAAAUGAACAUUAUUAUAAGAAAAUAGCACCACAUUGUAAACAUUCCAAUUGGGAUUGAACUAUUUUCAUUCAAAUGGAAAAAAAAGUGUCAAAAUUCAUGGCUGUGUAGUGCUUUUACCUGAAAUAAUGAUACAUCAGCAGUGGCCAUGAAUUGUUGAACUUACAUAUCUGUGUUUUAUAAUUAGACAAUCAUUGACAAUAUAUAUACUAAACUAGCUUGUCCAACCUAAAGUGUUAAAAGAAAAUACUAUUUUUUAUAUAAUUGGCUAGUGGUUUGGUAUUCAACCCAUUUUAUAACUUGGGGUUUUGGUACAAACUAGAUUUAGUAUACUAUCAGUGGGAUUUGUUAUUUUGUUACAGUCUUACAGUUUUGAAAAUGAAAUCUUUAGUUAUAGGUUUUUUAUACUAGCACAAAAACAGUAUGCAAAUCUCUUAGUAAAAAUACAUAACAUGUUAAUCGGUCAUCAAUAGUCCUUUUUGUAAUUAUUAAUCGUGAUCUUUGUACUUAAUUUAGGUAUAUGAGAUUAGAAUAAUUUUAUGCCAUAACUAAUUUAUAUUAUGUGUUUAUAGAUAUUUUUUAUAAUUUUUUCAAGUAUGUUUAUAUGAAAGAGGAUAUUUCGCAUGAGUAAUGCUUGCUCAAUUUCAAUUAAAUCUAAUUUUAUGUACAAUUUAGGUGAAUUUUAAUCCAUGAAUAUUUUGUUAUAUGAUUCCCUCCUAAUAUUCUUAGUAAUCCUAAUUACACCGAAUCGCAUUUAAUUAAAUUAAAAUUAGGGUAAAAAAUUAAGGGAUAAUCAUUUUAACACCACUUAUUGGGAAAAGAGUAUUUUUGCAUCAAUUAUAAUUUCUGUAUUACCAAGACAAAAUAAACAUUUAAAAGGUU